AUGGAUCAACAAUUUCUAGGAGUCGAGUCGCAUUUAGACCCGCAGCUUAACGGUGGUCAAAACCGUUUGGUGCCACCCAUGAAUCAGAUUGUCAGCGAUGGGUCCAAGGAUCAGUAUGACUUGACUAAUCCUUCCAACCCAGUGAUUGCAACUGCACAAGCGUUGCUAGGCGAUCUGAGACAACCAGCUAACCAUCAUCAACAGCAGCAGCAGCAGGCGCAAGUACGAGCUCAGGUUCAGGCACAUAUCCAGCAACAGGCUCAAGCGCAUGCACAGGCCCAAGCACAAGCUCAACAACAACAGCAACAACAACAACAACAACACUCCAUACUCCCCCAGAACCACGCUAUCUUGCAACAGCAAUUAACCCCAAAUCAUGGCAACUUGGUCCCCCACAGCCAGCAGCAGCCAAUCCAACCUUUCUAUGGCGUGGGACCAAAUGGAAAUGCCAUGCAACUAGGAAAUAAUGGGCUCAGACAACUGUUCGAUGCUGGGCAGAAGAAUGCCUCGGCCCAUGGUCUCUCCAAUGGCACUAUUAAACUAGGCAAUAAUGGUAACAUUAAGCUCGACAAUGGUAGCACUAAUAAUAAUAACAAUAACAUAAACGACAUUAAUAAUAGCAAGUUAAAUGUGAGUGUCAAGGCAGAUCUUGUUGCUCCAAUUCCGCCACUCCACAUCCAACAGCAGAUUGUUAAUGAAGAGAGACCACCUUUGAAAGGAGAAAAUGGUACUAAUCCAUUGGAUGGUGAUGUUGUCGAUAAUGACACAGUGGAGAGCGUUGUGGGCAUUAGUUCCGGAGGCGGUCAAGUAAUUUCGAAGAGUUCAAAUGAUCCAGGAGUAAACGGAAAUGGUGGGAGCAAUUCCCCAGAACAAGUUCUCCGUAGUCCUUGUUCGAGAUGUAAGAAAGAAUUUGACCAGCCUAUAAUCAUUCCACACAGCCACGAUACUGAGCAAGGUGGCUUGAAGCCUUUGGCUGAACCUAAGAUCUUCAAACUUUGUCAACAUUGUAGAGACUUACAGCGUCAAAGAUCAAGGAGAUGGCAGAAAAAGACCAAGGAUAAGAAUGGUGCGUGUAGGAGAUGUGGUGCUGCCAUCCCAUCUGACCAGCAGAAGUUCGUGUUAUGUCCUGGCUGUAGAAAGAAUUUACGGAUCAGAAAGGCAAAUAGGGCGGCGCAGGGAAAAUGUGUCCAUUGUUCUGGACCGUUGGAUGCUUCAAUUAUCACGGGUGAUGGGGAAAAGCAAAACUCGCUAUCCAAGGAGAAGUACAAACCUGGGAACUAUAAGGUUUGUCAGCGAUGUCGAGAGAAUGAUAAGAUAAGGAGGACCAAUUUGGAAAAAUUAGGAAACUGUAACAGGUGUGCCAAAUCUUUGGAACCUUCAGAAAUAGGUAAGCACAAGGUUUGUUCUAGCUGCAGAAGUAGGAAGAAGAAGCUAAACACUGUUCCGAUGGCUGUGAUGGGAACAACCAAUUCUGCUCCAGUUUCACAAGUUCCUACUUCAAUGUCGACUGGAUCGGGAAAUCAACCAAUCCUCUCUCAACAGCAGUCUACUCUUCUUGGCAAUGGUGCGGGCAUGUCUAUUAGUGGAUCGUCAAACAACGAUCCUGUGGCAAUGAUGAACCCAUUCAAUCAGUUCACACCACAAUCACUGCAAGCACAGCAGGCGCAGCACCUCCAGCAGAUGCAAUCGCAGCAGUAUGCGCAAGCUCAGGUUCAGGCCCAGUACAACCAAGUAUUGGCUCAGCAGCAUUUUGCUAUGGUACAAGCGCAGCAACAGCAACAGCAACAACAGCAACAGCAGCAGCAGCAUCAAUCCAGGUACCAACAGAGCCAAGCCGCGGCCAACAACAGAGCUGUGGAAGAAAUCCAGAACGCCAUUGCUGCAGCAGCUCUGCAAAAUAUUCCGCAAUGA